GUAAGUUACUGGCGGAUCCAAGCGGCUGCUCGUGGGUACAUAUGUCAUGGACCCUCGGCCGCUGACAUAUGGCCCAUCACCCUCGCCUCGCCCCCUCGACGAUCACAAAGCUCGUCUCCACCGCCGCCCGCUUCCCAAAGUCCGAGCAGGAGUUCGUCCAUCUAUGCUCCAAAGGUCGUCUCCGAGAAGCCCUGCGAGGGUUCCUGCCCGAGCUAUGGUCCGACCCAAAUCUAUUCUCCCACCUCCUCAACGGCUGCUGCGUCCCGCAGCAGUCCCUCCGCCAGGGCCAGCAGAUUCACGCCCUCAUCGUCGCCGCCGGCGCUGCCUCCCACCGCUUCACCGCCAACCACCUUCUUCACAUGUACUCCAAGCUCGGUCAGGGAAAUGCCGCCCGCGCUGUGUUCGAUGCAAUGCCCAGGAGGAACGUCAUGUCGUUCAAUAUCCUUGUCGGGGGCCUCAUACAGAACGGAGACAUCCUUGCUGCGCGCAAGUUGUUCGAUGAAAUGCCCGAGAGGAAUGUCGCCUCCUGGAAUGCCAUGAUCACCGGCCUCGCCCAUUUUGAGUUGGACGAAGAAGGGCUGGAGUUCUUCCGGAGGAUGAGGGAAGCGGGCUUGAGGCCCGAUGAAUUCGGUCUAGGCAGCGCCUUGAGAUGUUGUGCUGGGCUGAAAGACAUUGGUUCUGGCCACCAGAUCCAUGCUUAUGUGGUUCGGAAUGGCUUCGAGCAUGAUAUGUGUGUUGGGAGUUCUCUGGCUCACAUGUACAUGAGAUGUGGUUGUCUUGAUGAUGGAGAGAGGGUUCUAAAAGGAUUGCCUACCAUUAACGUAGUAUCAUGCAAUACCAUAAUUGCAGGAAGAGCACAGAAUGGGGACACCGAAGGAGCAGUCCACCAUUUCAGUCUGAUGAAGGCUGUAGGAUUAUCACCGGACCAUGUGACUUUCGUUAGCGUUAUAAGCUCGUGCUCAGACUUGGCCUCCCUCGGACAGGGACAACAGGUUCAUGCGGAAGUCAUCAAAGCUGGAGUUGAUUCCGUAAUUCCAGUGAGGAGUUCACUUAUAAGCAUGUAUUCAAAAUGUGGUUGCUUAGAUGAUUCUUCUAAGAUAUUCUCUGAAUCCGACGAUGGAUCAGAUCUUGUGCUUUGGAGCUCCAUGAUUGCGGCUUACGGUUUCCAUGGACAUGGGGAGGAGGCAAUCCAGCUUUUUGACAAGAUGGUCAGAGAAGGGACUGAUCCCAGUGAAGUGACAUUCUUAAGCUUGCUGUAUGCUUGCAGCCAUAGUGGGUUGAAGGAUAAGGGAAAAGAAUAUUUUGAGCUCAUGAUGCAUAAAUAUGGAUUCAAGCCUACUCUGAAGCACUACACUUGCAUGGUGGAUCUUCUUGGGCGAUCAGGAUGUCUGGAUGAGGCUGAAACUCUUAUCAGAUCUAUGCCCAUUCCAGCUGAUGCUGUCAUUUGGAAGACCUUGUUGUCUGCCUGUAAAACCCAUAAGAAUGCAGAGAUGGCAGAGAGAGUGGCAGAGUGUGUUCUGAGGUUGGACCCUCAGGAUUCUGCUUCUUAUGUGCUGCUAUCGAAUAUUCGAGCCACCACUGCCAGAUGGAUUGAUGUUUCUGAGGUAAGGAGAGCUAUGAGGGAGAAGAGAGUGAGGAAGGAGCCUGGAAUCAGCUGGGUAGAGUACAAGGGCCAGGUCUAUCAGUUUUCUACAGGAGAUACAUCAAAUCCAAGGCAAAAGGAGAUUGAUCAGCUGUUGGCACAACUGCUUGGUAGAAUGAGGGAGUUAGGAUAUUUACCAGACACUAGCACAGUCUUCCAUGACAUGGAGGAAGAGGAAAAAGAGACCAGUUUGGCUCACCACAAUGAAAAGUUGGCCAUUGCAUUUGCCAUUCUAAGCUUGCCAGUCGGAGUUCCAAUUCGAAUUAUGAAAAACUUACGUGUCUGCGAUGAUUGUCACGAAGCAAUUAAGUACAUAUCCAAAAUUGCAGAGCGAGAAAUUGUGGUGAGGGAUGUUACCCGGUUUCAUCACUUCAGAGAUGGAGAAUGUUCUUGUAAAGGUUACUGGUGAUCAAGGCAAAAAGAUUUUGAAAGCAUUCAUGUUGUAUGAGUAUAUUGAAUAUGGUCCAGAGCGUCUUACAAUGGAUGCUGGGCAUAGAAGAAGUAUCGGAAGGAAAGAAGAUGACAAUUUUUGUUAGCAGGGCUGACAAUUUUGACAUUUUUAUAUAUGAGAUAAAAGAAGAUGAUAUGUUGACAAUGUCUAUGGGUGGAUCAUAUCCAACAUUCUUUUAUUCUAAUCUAACAGAAUGUGGCUUUGGUGAAAGAAACAGAUUCUGCAUCUUUAUAUCUCAAACAAGCCUUUUUUGACGCACUAUUCUCUUGGUGGUGUCAUGAUUCAGCAUGAUAGAUUGUCUGCCACCAUCGAUGGUCAAGGUUGACUCCACGGCAACCACACAUCUAAAAUGGCACUAAGAACCAGAGUUCGGAUGUCCAUUUCAGACUCAACUAAGUUCGAUCACUCAGAGCUGGUGGACCUGAAGGCUGAUGAUCAUGAGGGAUAGUUGGCUUUGAUCUUUGGCAAUUGCAAGGCAGUAUCAGGUGGUGCAUGAUGGUCUCCUGUACUUUUAUUAUUAUUAUUAUUUUUAAUUUAACCAAUAAUCGAACAAUGAUUUUUUUGUUUUA